AACGAGAAAAAUUUGCCGUCGUCAUAUUUUCAUUAUUUGGAGGUCCCAUUAGGGUUUGCGAAUCCGUUGCCAUGCAUGAGCGUGGGACACUUAAACCAUAAUAGAGAAUAACAAAACAAAUUAUUGUGACAUUAGAUGCUGGUCCAGAUUGGUUUGUCUGCUGAGUACAAAUGUAACAUGUCUAGUAAACAUCUCAACGUAAAACUCCUUGUGUGUCUUUCCAGAGGAGUUGGCCUCUAGUAGUGACAUUUAUGUAUAUACAUAAUCUCUCUAUCCUUCCGCAGGCUACAACACUCCCCACAGUGGUAUCGCCUCGGGGGUCAUGACCCCUGCCGACCUUGACCUCCCUCUCGACCUCGAGGCUUUUGACGACUUCCCGGGUGGGAGUGGCUUCCAGGAACUGCCUCCUAUGGCUUCCUCCCAGCCUCCCCCCGUCACUGCCAUUCCUCCCACCAUCACCACGUCACAGCAGCCCCAGCAGCACACCCAUCACUAUCCUCCCCAGCCUCCCAUCCAGCCACAGCAGAUGGUCAACCUACAGCAAGGCUAUGGCUCCAACCAGAGCUACAACCCUCCCUCUCCUGCUGUCAUGGACACCUCAGCUCCCGGUGGACCCUGGUUCGACCCUGACGUCUGAGACAAACAUACAUAAUUUCCACGGGGUUCACAUGCCUCAUAACUCCUCAGAGACUAUCAUGUUGUAUGCCUAAAUUGAGCAACACUCUUCUACACUGUGUCAUUGUCGAUUAUUGGUUUUGCAACUGCUCCGUUUCAUGCACACGUACGUUGUAUGUGUGUGUGAUGUGAACUACAGUAUUGCACAUUCCUGUGUGUAAGUGCAUGUGUGUAGGUGGUGAGUCGUUGAUGCUGUGUAUGCGGUGUGAACACACAGUCAUGUACAUGAACUGUUUCAACCCCGACAUCUGAGAAAAAAACUCGAAGAAAAUAUUUGUGCAAUGUUGUGUUGCCAGCGGAUACACAAUUUAUACGGAGUUCAAAUGCCUCAAAGCUCUAUAUUAUAUAAUUAUACUGAGUUCAAAUGCGUCAAAGCUCAUGCGCAUGCGCAUUAAUGUAAAUUCCUUUCCAACAUGCAUUUUUAACCCUCGGUGUGCAUGCGCAGCGAGCUAGGGUUACUGUAGUUAAUUGUCGUGCAGUGCAUGCCAGUGUCCUGCUCUCAUGUCAUGUCAUGUGUAUUUGUGUUAUGUUUUUUUAUGGAUAUUUUGGGACUUGUGGAUAUCACUAAGUACGGUAGUACUUAGUAUAGGAUUGACAUGGUACCUAGCAUCAUAGAUGUAUGGGGCUAUGAUAGGGAGUUU